AGCGAAUCAAAAGAGGAACUUAGUUUGUUUUUUAUAGAAGAAAUGGAUGAGGUCUCUCGUUCUUAUCCACCGCAUUUUCUAUCAAGUGAUCUUCAUCACUAUCACCAUCAAAACGCUGGACUAAAACGCGACAGAGAAGAAGACGAAGUUGAACCCAACAACGAUUCCUCCGGCAAAGACCAAGCCACUACUCCUUCAGAAGGAGGGAAUAUCAAGAAGAGAAGACCACGUGGAAGACCCGCAGGUUCCAAAAACAAACCCAAAGCACCGAUCAUAGUCACUCGCGACUCUGCGAACGCCUUCAGAUGCCACGUCAUGGAGAUAACCAACGGCUGCGAUGUAAUGGAAAGCUUAGCCGUCUUCGCUAGACGCCGUCAGCGUGGCGUUUGCGUCUUGACUGGAAACGGCGCCGUUACAAACGUCACUGUUAGACAACCCGGCGGAGGCGUCGUUAGUUUACACGGACGGUUCGAGAUUCUUUCUCUCUCGGGCUCGUUUCUUCCUCCACCGGCUCCUCCAGCUGCGACUGGUUUAACGGUUUACUUAGCCGGUGGUCAAGGUCAAGUGAUCGGGGGCAGUGUGGUGGGACCGCUUAUGGCUUCAGGUCCGGUGGUGAUUAUGGCAGCUUCGUUUGGAAACGCAGCUUACGAGAGGCUGCCACUAGAGGAGGAGGAAACUGAUAGAGAAAUAGAUGGAAACGCCAGUGUGGCGGUUGGAACGCAAACGGAGAAACAGUUAAUGCAUGAUGCGACAUCGUUUGUACAAGGGUCACCGUCGAAUUUAAUCAACUCUGUUUCGUUGCCAGACAAAGUUCAGUCCCACGCGCAUAAGGUAUGCGUCAUAAUACACGCGCGCGGGAAUCUCUGGACAAGUGGGCCGAAUCUCAACCCUCUUAAAGCCCAAUAUAAUGAGGAAUUAAAGAAAUUGGGAAGCCCUAAAGUGGCCUCCAUGGUUCAUCAUCAUCUCUCUCAGUUUCAGGCUUCUUCUCUCCCGCCGCUUUCUUUUCCUCCUUACAAAACCGAUUACUUUUGCCGGAAUCUGACGUCAGCAUGCCCUGCAACCACUUCCAGAGCUCAAUCGAUCUUGAUCUCGUUGCAACGUUUUCCGCUUCGAUUACCGACAGAUUUAAAGAUGGUAGCUUUGAAAGGUUACGGCUUGAUCUCCAUUGACUCUGCCCUCCAUUUUCCUCGCUCACAUCAAUUGGAGAGCUACAAGAGAAGGAAUGCGAAAUGGGUCUCUCCAAAAGCAGCUGUUGUACCUAACUUCCAUCUUCCAAUGCGCAGUCUCGAGGAUAAAAACAGGACAAACACAGACGACAUAAGGUCACUUAGAGUGAUCACAGCCAUUAAGACACCGUAUCUACCUGAUGGAAGAUUCGACCUCCAAGCGUACGAUGACUUAGUCAACACGCAGAUAGAAAGUGGUGCUGAAGGUGUGAUUGUUGGUGGUACAACUGGUGAAGGCCAAUUGAUGAGCUGGGAUGAGCAUAUAAUGCUUAUAGGCCAUACCGUAAAUUGUUUUGGCGGAAGAAUCAAAGUCAUUGGAAACACUGGAAGCAACUCGACUAGGGAAGCUAUACAUGCCACUGAGCAAGGAUUCGCUGUGGGAAUGCACGGGGCACUGCACAUUAACCCUUACUAUGGAAAAACAUCCAUUGAAGGCAUGACCGCGCAUUUUCAAACCGUUCUUCAUAUGGGACCGACGAUUAUUUACAAUGUUCCAGGCCGAACGAGUCAAGAUAUACCUCCCCAGGUUAUCUUUAAACUCUCCGGGAACCCUAAUAUGGCUGGGGUUAAGGAAUGCGUUGGUAAUAACCGUGUUGAAGAGUAUACUGAGAAUGGAAUUGUCGUGUGGAGUGGAAAUGAUGAUCAGUGCCAUGAUUCUAGAUGGGAUCACGGUGCAACUGGAGUGAUAUCGGUUACUAGCAAUUUAGUUCCGGGUUUGAUGAGGAAGUUGAUGUUUGAAGGUAGAAACUCAGCGUUGAACUCAAAGCUUCUUCCUUUAAUGGAUUGGCUAUUCCAAGAACCGAAUCCGAUUGGUGUUAAUACUGCUUUGGCUCAGUUAGGAGUUGCUAGGCCUGUUUUUCGAUUACCUUAUGUGCCCUUGCCUCUGUCCAAAAGGAUUGAGUUCGUUAAACUGGUGAAGGAAAUCGGAAGGGAGCAUUUUGUAGGAGACAGAGAUGUUCAGGUACUUGAUGAUGAUGACUUCAUCUUAAUCGGUCGAUAUUAGAGUCUCUUCCUUGAAGAUUGGUUGUGUUUAAUAUUAAUACUCUCUUCGUUCAGUUGUUGGUUAUUUAGCUUAUGAGAAACUUACAGAUGGAUCAUGGAGUUAAUCUACUUGUUGUAAUGUUUUGUCUGUUACUUUUGGUGAUGAAUCUGAUGGCUUUUGCUUACUCUAUCUCUCUCUCGCUCUCCUCUUUGGAUGAUUGUGUUUUGUCUUUGUAUGUUUGGCCCUAUAUAUGAAACGGCAUGAUGGUUGUCUGAGG